CAGGCGGGAGGCGGGAGGCCGAGCUGAGGGAGGAGCCGGCGGCGCCCCGACCCCCUGGGCGAACAUGGCCGGUAGCUAGUGGGUCCGGGGCGCUGCGGAGGGAGCCGGGUCGGUGAGAAGCAGCCUUUCCCCCGCGGCUCCUUACGCUCUUCCCCCUCCCCCUUUCUCUCCCGCAGGGGCCGCGGCCGGGACCUGCUCCCCGGGGCGCUGGGGAGCCUCCCCGCUCCGGGCGGGCGCCGGGAGAGCCGGGGCCAUGGACGAGCAGAGCGUGGAGAGCAUUGCUGAGGUGUUCCGAUGUUUUAUUUGUAUGGAAAAGUUGCGUGAUGCACGUCUGUGUCCACAUUGUUCCAAGCUAUGUUGUUUCAGUUGCAUUCGGCGUUGGCUGACUGAACAAAGAGCUCAGUGCCCUCACUGUCGAGCCCCACUCCAGCUACGGGAACUUGUAAACUGUCGUUGGGCAGAAGAGGUUACACAGCAGCUUGACACACUUCAGCUAUGCAAUCUCACUAAGCAUGAAGAAAAUGAAAAAGACAAGUGUGAAAACCAUCAUGAAAAACUCAGUGUAUUCUGCUGGACAUGUAAGAAAUGUAUCUGUCACCAGUGUGCUCUCUGGGGAGGAAUGCAUGGAGGACAUACUUUUAAGCCACUAGCUGAAAUUUAUGAGCAACAUGUCACAAAAGUGAAUGAGGAGGUAGCAAAACUUCGGAGGAGACUUAUGGAGUUGAUCAGUCUAGUGCAAGAAGUGGAGAGGAAUGUAGAGGCAGUACGCAGCGCAAAGGAUGAACGAGUUCGGGAAAUUAGGAAUGCAGUGGAGAUGAUGAUUGCCCGAUUAGACACUCAACUGAAGAACAAGCUUAUAACACUAAUGGGUCAAAAGACAUCACUCACCCAAGAAACUGAACUUCUGGAGUCUCUGCUACAGGAAGUAGAACACCAGCUACGAUCAUGCAGUAAGAGUGAGUUGAUAUCUAAAAGCUCGGAGAUUCUGAUGAUGUUUCAGCAGGUUCACCGGAAGCCUAUGGCAUCCUUCGUCACUACUCCUGUCCCUCCAGACUUCACAAGCGAAUUAGUACCAGCCUAUGACUCAACCACCUUUGUCUUGGAAAACUUCAGUUUGGUCAAUGCUUUAAGGCAGCUCUGGGAUGGAAAUGGAGUUGUACGUGGUUACUACUUGUCUGUGUUUCUAGAGCUCUCAGCUGGAUUGCCAGAAACAUCUAAGUAUGAGUACCGUGUGGAGAUGGUUCACCAGUCCACCAAUGAUCCUGCUAAAAAUAUAAUUCGAGAGUUUGCCUCUGACUUUGAAGUUGGAGAAUGCUGGGGUUAUAACAGAUUCUUUCGAUUGGACUUGCUUGCCAAUGAAGGGUACCUGAACAGACAAAAUGACACUGUAAUUCUUAGGUUCCAGGUGCGUUCACCUACCUUCUUCCAAAAGUGCCGGGACCAACACUGGUACAUUACUCAGUUGGAAGCUGCUCAGACAAGCUACAUCCAACAAAUAAACAACCUUAAAGAGAGACUUGCAAUUGAGCUUUCCCGUACCCAAAAAUCACGAGGCAUGUCGCCUCCAGACACUCAUCUUAGCCCCCAGAAUGAUGAUGGUCCAGAAACAAGACCAAAGAAAUCUGGACCGAAUCCUGAAGUACUACUUGAGAGUGUCACCACUCCAGCAUUAGCAAGAGAUGCCAAGGAUGAUGAAGAGGAGAAAAUCCGGCAUGAAGAUUUUAAUUAUGAGCUCUCAGAUGGUGAUCUGGAUGUAGACCUUGCUGGAGAAGAUGAGGUAAACCACCUAGAUGGCAGCAGCUCCUCUGCUAGUUCAACAGCUACUAGUAACACUGAAGAGAAUGAUAUUGAUGAAGAGACUAUGUCUGGAGAAAAUGAUGUGGAAUAUAAUAGUAAUAUGGAGCUAGAAGAAGGAGAUCUCCAGGACGAUGCUGCUGCUGGAGCAUCAGGUAGUAACCAUGGCUAUGCCAAUGCAAGUGGCAGAUCUUCAAGGCGGGGAGGAAGUACUUUAGGCUCAGCAGCCAGCAGCAGUUUACUAGACAUAGAUCCCUUAAUUUUAAUGCAUUUAUUGGACCUAAAAGACAGGAAUGGGAUGGAAAAUCUGUGGGGUCUACAGCCACGUCCCCCUGCCUCACUUCUGCAGAACAGAGCAUCAUCAUACUCUCUAAAAGACCGAGACCAGCGGAGGCACCAGGCAAUGUGGCGUGUGCCACCUGACUUAAAGAUGCUGAAGAGACUCAAAACUCAGAUGGCUGAAGUUCGAAGCAAAAUGUCUGAUGUAAAAAACCAGCUGUCAGAAGUAAGAAGCAGCAAUGGCUCUUGUGAAGGGCAACCCAGCUUCCUCCCUGGUGAUCAGGGGCCUUUGGCUGCCUGUGGAACAGAAAGCUGCAGCAAGUUACAAGAAAUAGGAAUGGAGUUGCUGACAAAAUCAUCAAUUACAAGCUGUUACAUAAAGAGUUUCACAAGUAAGAAAAGUAAUUCGCCCAAAAUUACUCGUUCUGGAGCAGCAGGGAGCCUGUCUCUUCGAAGAGCAAUGGACUGUGGGGACAAUAAUCUUCGCUCAAAGGGAGACUGUCAGACUUCUUCUGAAGGAUGCAUAGGAAGCUCAAAGUCUGGCAGUAGGCAUGGCUCUCCCAGGUCCCUGACUAAUAGUAAUGCUCCUGAUGUACUGCCUAAGCCAGAGGAAAGGGAGUGCGAAGACUCAGAUUCUGAUGUGGGCAUUUCUGCUUUAAAUGGCUUAACAACUAUGGAGAAGACAAGAAAAGCUGUCGCUCUGGGGUUAAAUUCUAAAGGAUGUCAUACAGAAGGAACACAACUAACUGAUCAAGAGAACCACUCAGAAACUGGGGAGCUACAGGCCAUUCUCUCUGAAGGCACCUCAGCAGAGGCAGAGGAAGCUGGGCUAUGUCAGAAGCAUGUCCUUCACCUCCUGCCAGGCACAAGCAGCGAUAGCGACACUGAAUGUGACACAGAAAAUGAAGAGCAAGAGGAUGCCACAUCCACCUCAGAUGCGUUUAAUCAUGCCUUUGAUGUCCAGCCCUCAAGUGAAGUAUUAGAGCUGUGUUCAGUUUUUUCUGAAGGUGAUCAAAUAGGCCCUGAAGACCUCAGCUUUGGUACUGGAGAGGACAAUACAAGGUAGAGGAUUGGCUUGUUGACUGCAGAAGACUUUGAAGAGUUGGAUUAACACUAGCCUGCUUGUGUCCCUGAGAAGAGGCACACUUCAUAAUGCUUAUUUAUUCCAUCUGUAUUUUUCUCGUAGGGUGUGCAUGCACUCCACUGUGCUGAAUAUAAAAUUAUGUAGUUCUUCCAUGGCGGUUUUAAAUCUGUUCAUAGGGCAAGUUGCCCUAUGAAAACCUUUAGCAAGACUGUAUUCUUCAUGGCUUUGGCAGGUUCAAAUGCAGAUUCUGAACAAAUGUUCAAAAGGUGCUAGAGCCGUGUUCAUAUUUGUCUCCUUACCGUACAAUUGAUACAGCAGAGAAUGUGGGGGAAUAUCCUUCCCUUUUUAUUAUUAAUGGUAUGAAAUAACAUUGUAGUUAUAUUCAUAGGGAUCUAAGCUAUUUAAAGUUAGGGUGAAAGUGGCCUGCACAAGAGUUAGUUUGUGUUUUUCUUCAGACUCUAUUUUGGACCAACUGAGAACAUUGUUGCCAAACUUUUUACCACUGUGCAUUGCAUUUGAGCAGCUAAAAUGUUUUGUGAAGCUGUAAUGAAAGCUGAAUAACUGGCUGGUGAAAAAGCAUGAAUAAGUGUAUACAUGUUGAGUGUUCUUGUCUCAUCUGACUGUACUUGCUGAAACAUUUGUUUUGUAUGAAAUGUUCCUCAAUGUUUAAGUGCGUACAAAUCAUAUAGUUAAGUUUAAAACUGUUUGCACUUUUUGUUAAUAAAAUGAACAUUGAAAUA